AUGGCAAUGAGACGUAAAACCAGUACUAUCUGGAAUCAUUUUUCCUUAAAAGAUAAUAAAGCAAAGUGUAAUUAUUGUGCGGAUUUUUUAAGCAUUUUAUCUUCAAAUACUGGAAAUUUAAUAAGACAUUUGAAAAGAAAACACCCCACUAUAUCGAUUUAUCCGGCAAUGCGUCGCGAGACUGUAUUAUUGGAUAAUAUGUUGGCGUUAAAAACUUCAGAAGCUGGUACAUCAGAUUCAAAUCCAAUUAAUACAAUGAAAAAUAAUUCUAAUGUUAUCAGUAAUUAUUUGCAAAAUACUAAUCCUUUAUCCAUGCGCCAAAUUGCUGAAAUAGAUGCACAAUUGAUCAAGAUGAUUGCAAAAGAAUAUCAUUCAAUGCAAAUCAUUGAAGGGACUGAAUUUAGAAUGCUAUUGAAGUUGUUAAAUCCAAGAUAUAAUGUACCGAAUCGAAAAACAUUGGCUAAAACUUUAUUGCCACAGAUGUAUGAAAAAGAAUUAAAUAUAGUGCGUGAAAAAAUAGCAAAAACGACUUCAAUAUGCCUCACAACUGAUGCGUGGACAUCAAUAACUAAUGAUAGUUAUAUGGCAAUAACGGCACAUUAUAUGGGUGAAAAUGGUAAUUUAUGUGUUAAUUUAUUAUGCUGCGUGCAAUAUAAUGAAAGACACACCAGUAUAAAUGUAAGCAAUUUCUUAAGAAAUGAAUUAAAUAAAUGGAAUUGA